AAGGGCUGCAGGUUUGAAUUGAGCUCACGGCCAGUGCAGGCAGGACAAAGCCUUCAUGCAUGGGGUGUUCCCUCGACGAGAAAAACAAUGAUUUCUAUCUACAUGAUCAUCGCUCUGGCAACAACAGCUCUGGCUAAAGGAUCUAUCGAGUGCAACUUCAUUGAGCCUGCUGGAGCUCAGCUGUGUUUUGGAGCAGUGGGACAGCUGUUGAUUUUCCAUUUGCCAAAUACAGCAAAUACAGAUAUUUGGCUGAAAAAGGAUAAUGAACAUACAAUUUUUAAGAAAGUCAAAAACAAGACAGUGACUCCUCAUGAAGAAUUUCUGAAUCAGCCUGAAGUCUUCCCCAAUGGAACAAUGAAACUAGGAAAUGCAAUGAAGAGACACACUGGAGAUUAUGUCUUGGAAGUAUUUGGAUCUAAUGGGGUCUUACUGAAAAAAGUGAAAAUGCAUCUGGAACUACAAGCUCCAGUGUCCAAGCCAGCUGUGUCUCAGAAGUGUUUGUCACCAGAGCAGAUGAGCAUCAGCUGCUCCUCUGAGGGAGAUGAAGCAGAGUUCAUUCUGACUUUGGAUGGUUACUCACUGAUUCAGACCAGAGCUCAAUGCCAGUCCCAGAGCAGCUCAACAGAAAAUGCGCAGUCAAAGGCAAGGAGUAAAACUGAACAAGACAAACCGACAUUUUUGAAUGUUACCAUCAGCUUACACGGUCAGCUGACAGGAAACGUGAUGUGUCGUGUUUGGAACAACGUCAGCAGAGAUGAAACACUUCUUCAUCUGACAGGCUGCACAGCUUUCAUAUCUCACUCCCCUCUUGUUGUGGCUGUGAGAGCCGGUGUUAUCGCUCUACUUCUUCUGGCUUUGUGUCUUGGUAUCUGCCACGUACGUAAGAAAACAAGACCCAAGACUGUGAAUGAAGGUAUUUCCAAAGAUGACAAUCAUUCCUGACCUGUUUAUUACUAGAUGUAGCAUAUUGUAGCAAAGCAGCCCUUGCCUUUAUUCUGUCUGUAAUAAAAGCAAUAAACUAAAGCCCUUUUAAAAAUUAAAUGUUGUGACAACACACCAAACAGCCAGUGUUUGGGUGGGUGGAACGUGUCAAGUGGCAUUCACAUGAAGAGGGCCCGAGGUUUCCCAGCAGAACGCUGCAUUGUAACCAGAUGAUCAAUGUUAUUCACUUCACCUGUCAGUGGUUUUAAUGUGUUGGCUGAUCAAUGUACAGCUAUAAUAUAUUUCACUAUAAACUGUUGUCCUGUAAAUUAAGCAGUCUUUCUUUUGAUUUGUCAGCUACAAUUAUGAAACUGAGCAAUUUGUUUAAGCCUUCAUGCAUGCCUUCAAAAUACAAAAGUGCUUUGUUACAGUGAUUUGCUUUGUAUUAUAGCUUUUAAAUAAACGUCUAUUGAAAGUCUUAUUUGUGCUUAUGAGCAACAAAAUCAAUAGAUUUCAUUUUCACUCCAGCAUUGUACUGUUUCCUGUCUGCGUGUCAUUAUAG